AUGGUAAUGUUGUUGGAAUUAUCUUAUAAAGAAGUGUUCCCAAUCCCAAAUAAUGUCCAAAGGAUAUAAGAAAUAACAUAGCACAUGAUUCACCAUAUGAUGCUAGCGCUAAACCUAAACAUAGUACUCCAUUAGAUAUUGUUAAAUGUUUCUUAACUUUAAUGUGUUUCUGAAACAAAAAGUUACAAAUAAUUAUUAGUAAAUUAAGAAAGUUAAUAACAAUCUAAUAUCGUGGAAAGCACCACCUGCAUGAAAAUACACCAUAAAAAGAAUAAUAGGAUUAUUAAUGAUCGAUAUAGAUAAGAGAGUAUUAGCUGCCAAUAUUAAAAUAGGUUUGAGCAAUUUAAGAUCCAGAAAAUGUCGUUAAUAUAAUUAGAAAUAUAAUCUAAUAAUAUUAAGUAAAAUAACUCUUUAAAAUUCUUAUUUUUUUAUCUUCAUCAAUAUCGUCCAUAAUGUGGACUUAAUUUUUAUUUUCUGUUUAUCGUACUGUUUCCUAUUUAGCCAAAAAUGAAGACCCACAUAAUCGAACUAAAAUAGGAAAAAUUUAGAAAAUAUAACUGGUAGUGUUAUAAUGUUGAAUACCUAAUUUCAUCUAAAUGUUUGCUGAAUACGGAUCAAUUUUCUCAAAAUAAAUCUCACCAAUUACCUGGUUGA